UUGGAUGAAGUAAUUACAUGCUUGAUAAGGAAUACAGAUAUGGGGUCGAGCGUGAGCGUGGGCCCCAAGGACAAAAGCCAGGUUCGUUCAGUUACCACAAAUGCGCCCUCACAGAAAGGACGACUUGGCACAAAUCUCGGUAACAAGGCACCGACAACACAAGUGACCGUUGUUCAAGCGGCUCCUGCUCAGCAACAAAAGCAGCAACAAUACUACCAGCCUCCUCCCCAACAGGUGCACCAUCAGCCACAACAGUACCAUCAAUCGCAGCAUUAUCACCAGCAAUAUCAGCAACCAGUUCAACAUUAUCAACAGCCUCAAUAUCAACAGCAUAAUGGAUAUUAUCAACAACAGCAACCACCGCAGUACAAUCAAUCUCAAGCCCAGUAUCAACAUCAACAGUACCAGCAUUCACAACAACAAGCCCAAUAUCAACAACAUCAACAACCACAGUAUCAACAGCAUCAAUAUCAGGAAUUACAUCUGCCUGAGCCUCAACAACAAAGACAGACGACGUCCCCACAACGCCAAGCGACUCCACAACGCCAAGAUACGCCCAAGGGGAACAUAGGAACAGCAGCUGCUGUACUCAAUCAGACGUCAUCUUGCACCGGAAACACGGAAACGAAAACUCCUAAAGAAGUCCUUGAACAUAACAUCCUAGUCAGGAAAAACAAGCAGCAUUCUGAAUAUUGGGUUAUCUUAGAAAUGAAGAUAUACCUUACAGCUAUAACACAAAAUUUGUUCAAAGCCUACAAACAAUCAAUGAGGGACAUUCUUAAUGUUGAACCGGAGGAAGAGACCGACAAACAAUAUAUAAUAAGAUUGGAUAGAAUCGAAACCCUUGAACAUCCAGAUGGAUGGAUGCGUUUCGGUCAAACUAUCUUUCAAGCUUUACACCAUUUUAAAUUCGAUAAAAAUGAAAUAAUGGACAAAGCACUUCCGUUUUACGUUUGCGAUUUGAAAGUCUAUUCUAAACACGAAUUAAGAGAUGAGUUUAAGGUCGAAAUCCUUGAACUAUCUACAGAGUUGGGAAUUGAGGGCACAGAUGGAUACUGGAUGAAUGAAUAUCAAAAGUGUUUGACCAGGCGUCUCAAAACAAUUGGCAAUGUACAAGACGCUGGGAUUCCGUCAGGCGACCCGAAUAAAUCCACAUUUAACCUUCCAGAAGGUGUGGAUUCCAAAGAUAUGAGAGAAUGGUCAGAGAACUGGGAACUGUUUGAAACCCUGGAAGAAGGUGGAUUGUUCAGUGAUUAUAUAGAUUAUCCACUAAUGAAGGACGAUAGAGAUCAGCACAAGCUGUUCCCUGAAACACUCAGGACUUGGUACAACGGAUGGAGAUUGUUUGAUUUGUCAAUAGAUGGUGAAGCUGCAUGGAAUGUCCUACCGACUGGUGUAAUUACGGAAGACGUUGUUACAGAAAAUCAACUCAAGGUGAUUGAAUCUAGAAAGAAACGUCGCCACUUUGGUGACCUGAAAAGAAUGGCCGCAAGAAGGGAACGCCUUGCUGAACACUUCAAGGCAUAUGCUAAGGAUAAGCCAUACGUCACGCGUAAACUUGAUCACGUCAGCUGGGCAGCACGGAUGGAGGAAAGCUGGCAAAAACUCCAAGAUCUUUCAUAAAAACAUAGGCCCACCCUAAGCUUGCAUAUGUAACAGCCACAUUCAAAUGUUUUAUUUCAAAGAUUCAAGUCCAUUCAUCCGUGAAAUAUGAAAUAUUUAUUAAUAUGGAUGUUGCCGGAUAUAAUGGUUAGAUUAAAGACACAAUCGGUAAUUAAGUAGUUAUAAAUACAAAGUUGCUUCUUAUCUUUAUGUCAAUGUCACUAUGAGAUCAAUAUUUUUUAUAUUUUAUACGUCUAGAUCCUUUGUACGGAAUGGUGGUUGUCUUAUACUAUGGCGGUAGUUGUAAUUUAUAGAUGUAUCAUUUCGUAAUAACAUAUGAAGAUAUGUCCAUAAAGGAUAUUCUUGUAUAUAACUAUUAUAUCCGUAAUUGCCAAAUGAUAAUACAAAAUUAUUUUAUCUUGAGUAUUCCAUUCUUAU